ACGUGCCCUCCCCAUCUAUUAUACCAUCCUCCACCUUUCUGGGGUGUUCCCCUUCUUUUGUCCUUUCGGGCUCAGGGAAAUUGUGUGGUAAGAGGGUGUGUGUGUGUAUGUGUGUACAUGGUUUGUAAACCAUCCUGGUGGGAAGAAGUGGCAGUGGUGGUGUUCCUAAGCUGAGAGCAACAGAGCUAGAAAAGGAAGGGCUCGCUUUCCAAAUCAAAGUUCCAGAAAGUCCCCUCACCUAUAUUCUGGCUGGUUCUGUGACUACUCAGGUGGUGUGGGAGGGGCAUCCUGUUGGAGGAACAAGUGUAACCAGACUCCUGACUUCCCUAGAAAGGGUGGCUCCCUCCUCAACUAAAAAACUCAAGAUAGUAAUUUCAUCCCAGGGCCCUGGGGAUUAAAUGAGCUGACCUAUAUUAGUAGGAGAGAGUGCUUUCUCUUUGGCUUUUCUCUUCUGUUGAUAAACCUUUUUGAAAAGAAAAAAAAGAAAAAAAAAGUUCUUUUUUUUCCAGAUUUCUUGGGCUUCAGCCCAAAAAUCUAGUAACUUCUUUUGUUUGAUUUUGUGACUUUUGCUGUUCUCCUGGCUCUCCUGAAAAAACAGGAGGAAAUGGGCUGAAAAUGCAACUCAAAGGCUUUAGGGAAAGGAAUAAUUUCCUGAGGUUCUGGAAUGAUCAGUGAAACGAUUUGGGUUUCUCAAAGACUUGCAAACAGGAGGCACCUCACAUUUGUGGGAUGUUUGGUAUGUACUGCCUCCGGAAGGUGGGAGCAUAGACUUGGAACUCUCGUAAUUCCUACUCCCAACAGAUUCUAUUAAUAGUCCCUGGAUUAUUCUGUGCCUCAGUUUCCCCAUCUGUAUCAGGCAGAUACUUGUUCCUCAGAUAGGUGGUAGGGAUUGGGCAAUAAGUCUGUGCAGAUUUGUAAGGCAAAUCUUGCCUUUGUGAUGACAGUUUUGAGUAUUCUGGGUCAUUGUCCUCACCAUUACAGCAUUUGUGACAUCCUUACUUGUUUGGAGUUCUCCCCAUGAGUCACGUCUGGGCCCCUGAGUACUGGCUUUCACUAGUCCCACAAAAGCCUGCCCUUUUUUUUCUAAUUGGAGUUCGAAUGCCAACAUACAGCAUAUCACCCAAUGCUCAUCCCGUCAAGUGCCCCCCUCAGUGCCCAUCACCCAGUCACCCUAACCCCCCUCCCACCUCCUCUUCCACCACCCCUUGUUCAUUUCCCAGAGUUAGGAGUCUCUCAUGUGCGGUCACCCUCACUGAUAUUUUCACUCAUUUUCUCUCCUUUCCCCUUUUUUCCCUUUCACUAUUUUUUAUAUUCACCAAAUGAAUGAGACCAUAUAAUGUUUGUCCUGGUCUUAAGAACAAGGCAGCCAUCUUCCCUCUUCCAACAACCCACUUUCCCCCAGAGGGCUGCUAAUUCUUUGCUGGAGUGGCAGAGGCUGACACCAAACCCUUUCACCUCCUGGCUCUUACCCCAUGCAUUUAGUCAUGCAGCAGUUUACAUGAGAAUCCUAGGUGAUUUGUUGCUCUUUUUCUCUCUUCUCCAGCCUCCAGACACAGCCUCUAGACAACACUAGAGCCCAAGGGGCCAGGUACUCUGCUUUUAGCUUGGGCAGAACUUUUGACCUGGCCCAGCAGGCAAAAACGACUGAACAGGAGUGGGGCAGAGAUCAGCCCAGUUGCAUUCCACCAUCACUGAGUGACCCCCAAGGCUGCUGAUGCAUCCAGUCCCCUCCUGUAGGCCAGGGAGGAUGACCUGAGGCGGUGCUUCCUAUUUGGGAAGAGGGAUUCUUUGCUGGAGCCCUGGGAACGGGUCCCGUGAGAGAAGUCAGUCUUAGGAUAUAUUGCAGGGGGUGAGAGAUGGACCACUGUACAUCAUCCUGAGGUGUCAGGAAUUCUCCAGCUCGGAGAUGGAUUUGCUCCUAUUUUUACCUCCAGGAGAGGAGAGUUUUAGGUUCGGAUCAAUUUCCAGGACUCUCUCGCUAGAAAAAAAUUUCCAUUUGGAGAAUUAAUGGGCCAAGUCUAUUUAUCUCCCUCAGGGGAGGCAGUGCCAUGUUGGCUGUGGGGGAAUGUUUGGGCCUGUGCCCUGCUUGCAGUCCUGAAGCUCUGGAGACUCCAGAGUGCAGCGAUGGGCCUUGCAGGGUUUUUUUGGUGGUAGUGAAUCAAGUUGAGAUAUGAAAGGUCAGGAGUCAAAGUUAUGGGAUCUAAGAUCCCUGUCCUGGGGCUGGUGAGGUUCCAGUGUCCACAGUCUGCUGCUGGGCCUUCUUCCCUGUCCCGAGGUUGUGAAUAAACUCACUGCAUAGUGUGCAGCCCAGAAUUCAAAGCCUUUAGCCCAGAAGCAGCUGGGCCUUGGAGGUGUUUGCUCCUGACCUUUUCUCUUGCCACACCCUGGGGCUCUUGGGAGGAGCUGAGGUCUGAGCUGCAGUGCCAGGAUGCUGCCUUCUUGAUGCGGUCGUUUUGUUGCCUUCCUGGGUCCCGUCACAUCCUUUUUGCUCAAUCAUUGGGUGCUCGGGAUGGAAGCCGCCCUCCCCUAUCUGGAAGGCAGCACAUGGCGUGGCUUCAUGGAGCUGUGGUUGGAGACUGAAGCGGCAGCCCUUCUCUCAGGCUCUCAGUAGCCAGUCUGUGUUGGAGGAAGGGGAAGCACUCCAUGCCCCGAAAGUUGGAGAAGAUGGAAGGACAAGUGGUAGGCGGGAUGCUCAGGCUCUUCCGCAACCGGCUGCCUCGACUCCGAGCAGGAUCUCUCCAGGAGAGGGAAGCUGUAAAGGAACCGGAAAGGGCUCAGGAGAUCAGUCUGCCCACCUUUGCUGGAGGGCAACACUUCUUUGAAUACCUCCUGGUGGUUUCCCUCAAAAGAAAGAGUUCAGGGGAUGACUAUGAGCCCAUCAUCAUCUACCAGUUUCCCAAGCGGGAGAACCUGCUUCGGGGCCAACAGGAGGAGGAGGAGCGGCUGCUCGGAGCCAUUCCCUUGUUCUGCUUCCCAGAUGGGAAUGCGUGGGCACCGCUCACUGAGUACCCCAGGGAGACCUUUUCCUUUGUUCUGACCAACGUGGAUGGGAGCAGGAAGAUUGGAUACUGCAGGCGCCUCUUGCCCGCUGGCCGUGGCCCUCGUCUUCCCAAGGUGUACUGCAUCAUCAGCUGCAUCGGCUGCUUCGGCCUGUUCUCCAAGAUCCUGGAUGAGGUGGAGAAGAGGCACCAAAUCUCCAUGGCGGUCAUUUACCCGUUCAUGCAGGGCCUCCGAGAGGCGGCCUUCCCUGCUCCGGGGAAGACCGUCACUCUCAAAAGCUUCAUCCCGGACUCGGGCACUGAGUUCAUCUCCCUGACGCGGCCCCUGGACUCCCACCUAGAACACGUGGAUUUUAGUGUUCUGCUGCGCUGUCUCAGUUUUGAGCAGAUCCUUCAGAUCUUUGCCUCUGCUGUGCUGGAGAGAAGAAUCAUCUUUCUGGCAGAAGGUCUCAGCACCCUGUCUCAGUGCAUCCAUGCUGCUGCUGCGCUGCUCUACCCCUUCAGCUGGGCACACACCUACAUCCCCGUUGUCCCCGAGAGCCUUCUGGACACUGUCUGCUGCCCCACUCCCUUCAUGGUCGGAGUACAAAUGCGCUUUCAGCAGCAGGUUAUGGAUAGCCCCAUGGAAGAGGUCCUGCUGGUGAAUCUUUGUGAAGGAACCUUCUUAAUGUCAGUUGGUGACGAAAAAGAUAUCCUUCCACCCAAGCUUCAGGAUGACAUCUUAGACUCCCUUGGUCAGGGGACCAGUGAGUCACAGACUUCAGAACAGCUCAACGAGCAUGUUUCGGGCCCAUUUGUGCAGUUCUUUGUCAAGACUGUGGGCCACUAUGCUUCCUAUAUCAAGCGGGAGGCAAACGGGCAAGGCCACUUCCAAGAACGAGCCUUCUAUAAGGCUCUGACCUCCAAGACCAACCGCCGAUUCGUGAAGAAGUUUGUGAAGACACAGCUCUUCUCCCUUUUCAUCCAGGAAGCAGAGAAGAGCAGGAACCCUCCUGCAGGCUACUUCCAACGUAAGAUACUUGAAUAUGAGGAACAGAAGAAACAGAAGAAAUCAAGGGAAAAGACUGUGAAAUAAGAACUGUGGUCAACAGGAGGGACUGGACUCACAGGCCAGUUUUGGACUUUGGCCCCUGCCAGAAUGGUGGGACUGGCAAAGCUCACAGCCUCCAGAAUCCACGGCCUCCUCUGAGACCUGGUAACCAGGUCUCGCUUCAGGCUGCUGUCUUGAGUUCGGGGUCCCUGGAAUCCACUUUCUCCAGACUCUGGAAGGCUCUGACAUCUGUGCUCACAGAGCUGGGCUCCAAGCUGCAUGUUCCGCACAGGUGACACAGAGUGGCAGAGUGGCACAGGUGCUAUGGAGCCUCAGAAGUUGCUGGGACUGCCCUCUUCCAGGAACCACAAUCACAAAAUCCUCAAAAGGGAAAGCAGUUGUGGCCCAAGGCUCAGUCUCUUCACAUAAAAAAACAAGUCUGUGGAUGUGUGAAGAUAAGAAUAAAGAUAAAAAUCUUCUUGUU